AUGGAUGACGGCAAACCUAUUUUUACAACAGCGAGUGAUAGUCACGCCACAACAACUGUUCAGGAUAGUUUUACAUCAUCGGAAAACAGCAACGGUGGUAAUGGACAGGAAAGUGGUUUUUCACCCUUAGCCGCCCCUUUCCAAAGCCGCAUGGAUAAUGAGUUAUUGUCGCUUAUGACGCAGCAAGAGCCUAGACCAGCUGAUACAGCGCCGUCAGCUGCGGAAUUGGAUGAUGUUCUGAUGAAUCUUCACAUCAACAGCUCUGACUUAUUGUUCGAUGACAUAGAACCUAACUCUCACAAUAAUUAUUAUAUGGGAAGUAGAACAGAUCCAGCGUCUGCUUCUCAUUCAAACAUUUGGUCGGAAGGCUCCGGCCAAGGGGGCAGAAACGGCGAAAUGAUAGAUACAUUUGACUUUCUUGUGAAAAGUCUGUCAUCGGCGAACAAUUACGUGUCUAUGUUGACGCGAGAGCAGCUGUCGGUGCUGCGCUCGAUCCGCCCAAGUUUGCUCUACGAGUUCCUACAGGAAGUUGCAAAAGUACGCAGCGACAAACGUAUGCGACGUGCUCUACCUAACGAAUGCGCUUUCUGUAAAAACAACGGCGAGAAUGAGGAAAACUAUUCAUCGCACGCGCUAAAAGAUUGGCGUGGACGUGUGCUUUGCCCGGUGUUACGUGCCUUCCGUUGCCCGCGCUGCGGCGCCACCGGCGACCGCGCGCAUACCAUAAAGUACUGCCCUGAGAACGCUGACACAGGUGUGGAGCGUUCAGGCCUCCUGGCACGGCGUCGCAUGCAGGCCGGCUCGCUGAUGCUGGGAACGCGCGCGUGUGCCGCGCCCGCCACGCCGACACCCUCCCCCUCUGUCACCUCUAACAUUAAUCACUCGAUGUGGUCUAGCUUCGGAAUGAAU